ACACUUUUUUAAAAAGAGUUCAAACUAACAUUGGAAAAUAUUGAAAUUCAAGGGCCCAACAAUUUAUUUGGAAAUUUAAAUUGUGUCUGCACAUUUUGACAACAAGCAAACAGGUACAUUUACAUUUUACAAUAUUACGUCGAGCCUGAAACCUGAAGUUGGAAUUGAAAUUAAAACUGGAGUUGUAUAAUUAAAGCGAAACGGCAGAGAGAGCGAAAUAUUUGCAUAAAGUGCUGACGGGCUAAUAAGUAAUGAACUAAGCGAGCCAUAGCAGCGUCGAGCAUAACGCUUAUUACAAAUAGCUACAGAUACAUCUGAGAGAUACAGAUACAAUUACAGCCCAAGGAUACUAAAGUGCAGCGGCUGCUUUCAUGAAAUUUAUGCAACGCUAGCGGCAAAUCCACAAAGUAAUAACACAGUUAUACAACAAUCACACACACACAUACAUUUAUAAAGAGAUACGUUUGUUACAUAUGUAUCUUUAGCAAAAGGCAGUGACAAACACCAUAUAACAGGAUUUUUCCGCCUGAUUUACGGUUGCUGUGGUUGCAGCCUCAGCGCACAUCAAUCCUUCUGCCAAGCCAGGCACCUGUUUUUCCACAACAACUUUUACAACAACAACAACAACUAGAAGAAGAACAACUUUUGCAAAAUGCGUGGCCGUCACUUGCGUCGACGCUUCAGUUUGCAGCCCUCGUUCAUGAAGGAUGACAGCGCCGAGGAUAAGCCCAAGCGUGACAAAGUGGGUCGCAAUAAUGCGGUGGACGAUGCCAUUGGACCGGCAAAUGCACGUCAUAAAAUUGUGGUCAUGGGCGCGGCUAAAGUGGGCAAAACUUCGAUAAUCACACAGUUUCUAUACAACACAUUUACAACCAAAUAUAAAAGGACCAUCGAGGAAAUGCAUCAGGGGAACUUUUCCAUUGCGGGCGUUAGCCUAACCCUGGAUAUACUCGAUACGGCCGGUUCCUAUGAGUUCCCAGCAAUGCGCGCAUUAUCUAUAUCAUCGGCAGAUGCAUUUAUAUUGGUCUACGAUGUCACCGAUGCAACCACAUUUGAAGAGGUGCGGGCCAUUCGCGAUCAGAUCCACGAAACAAAGGCAACCACAGCGGUACCAAUUGUGGUGGUUGGCAAUAAAAUAGAUCUGAUUGCCGAGGAUGGUGAGCUGCGCGAGGUGGAAUAUGCCACAACCGAGUCCGUGGUGACUGUUGACUGGGAGAAUGGUUUUGUGGAGGCAUCGGCGGCCAAAAACGACAACAUCACGCAGGUAUUUAAGGAGCUGCUUGCCCAAGCAAAAAUCACGUACAAUUUGAGCCCAGCACUGCGUCGACGUCGCCAGUCGCUGCCUCAGCAGAUUGGCAACAAUGGACCGGGUACACCGCUGCACCACCAUCAUCACCACCAUCAACAUCAUCAGCAGCAGCAGCAGCAACAUCAGCAUCAGGCGACGUCACAUGGUUCUGGCGCUGGCUCGGCAUCAACAUCAUCUGGAGCUGCUGGCGGGGGGCAUGGUUCACACACACCGACGCCAGCGCAGUUGCAACAUCUGCAGCGAAUCCAGGAGCGCAGUUUGGGCGCCAAGCGUAAUUCCUGCACAAUUUCCUAAGCACUCGAUCAAUUGCCCCCUCAAAAGUAAUCAUAAAAUAUAACUAAAGCCUAAUCCUAUGCAACUGAAACUGAAACUGAACAAACGGUCUCCUACAAAUGGUUUUCAAUGUUUCACAAAUAAAUACAAAACAAAACCAAAAAGAAAUACACCAAAAAAAAUUUAACAAAAAUACUACUUACACUUAUGUAUUUACGAUCUAUAGUAUUAUAGUCACAACUCAAGUGUACCUCUCGCUAAUCACUUUAGUACCUCUAUAUUCUGGAGCAUGUUUUUGGCUCUCACUCUCUCUCUCUGUCUUUCUCUAACUCUCUCUCUAACUCUGUAUCUUUCUCUUGUGCUCUGUCUGGUUUUUUUGGAACACGACACGACAAUAUCUGAAGCGAAACGUUUCCAAAAAA